CCAAGGCCUAUCUCCAUGAUCUUUAUGAGCUUUUCAUGGACAGUGGAUGUUUACCUGUAUUGUUACCCAGGUUGGCAGGGGUUUUCUAAUCUGGCUUUUUGAAGGGAUUUUUUUAAUGACCCACGAUACAGUUGUCAAACAUAGCAAUACACCACUAUCCAAAUAGAAGCAAGCAGUAGUGUUCUUGUCACCUGAUCAUUGGCUUUCAUGGCAUUUCAGAUAAUAAGUCCUUGGUCAGAUGGUCAUUGAUUCUCGUAUGUAAAGGAGUCCCCAACUAAAGGAUGUUUGUAGGCUCUUUUAUAACAGACUGAUUGUGUUGAUAUUAAGACCAUAAAGAAUGUUGACUCUACUCGUAGAGCAAAACUUUUAAAAUUAUUCUUAAGGGAUCAAGAUGUUCACAGUGAAACGCCUCGCAAAUAAACACUUAACAGGUGCAUCAAGUGUUGGAAACUGAUCUGUGAGAUGUUCAUUUAGAGAUCUGCUUCUUGAGUGUUCUUGCUCUGUUCAUGAAGAUUGCAAACCAUGAAAGAGACCAUCACGGGACGCACCAGAACACUGUUUCUGCAAAUGUUGACGGGUUGACUGCAUCUUAACUCCAUGAGAAGUGGAAUUAGUGGAUGAGAAGUGGAAUUAGUGGAUGCACUACAUGAGGCAAGUGGAUAUCCAUUCAAGAUCAGCAAGCAACGGAUUAAGAAAGAAAUACGUGUGCGGUAUAUGAAAAGUCUUCAUCUGAAUCUCCCGAUAUCGACGUUGACGAUGGGCUGAUGACAGCUAUGGUGGGUGUGGCCAAGAAGAUGCUCCCUGAUAGCGGGGCCAGCGGUCCCGCGACCACCCAAGGGAACUCCGGCGACGUGGACCUGAGCAACACAGAGCACCGAGACUUCCAGGGCAAGCUGCUGCAUCAGGCCGCCAUCUACUCCAACUUCCCGCUACUGGAGGACCUGCUGAAGUGGGAGCAGCGGAGGUACAUCAACGAGAGGGACUCCUUCGGCCGGACGGCGCUGCACGCCGUCUGCGCUUCCGAGGUAUCCGAGAGAGAGGAGAGCAUCGAGUGCGUCAGAUUACUCCUUGACGCUGGAGCCGACCCUAACAUUGCUGCAGCUGAGAAGUACAAUUAUUAUACGCCUUUGCACGUAGCAGCCAAAGAUGGGAAGGUGAAGAUAGCCUGCCUCCUGGUCCAGUACGGUGCCGAUCUAGAGAACCGUGACAUCAAACGCUUGACCCCCCUGGAGCUGGCCAGGAACAAUUUUCAGGCGGAUUGCGUGAGCUUCUUGCAGAUCACUCAAGUUGAGCGGGAGAGAUUGCGGUCCAACUUGGAGCCCAACUUGCUGGAAGCUUGCAGCAGUGUGAAGGAACUACGUCAGAUCCUCCGCCGGAUCGGCUACAGCGCCAUCAACAGGGAGUGUAAGGAAACGCCCUUGUACAGGGCAUCACUUGGUGGCCAUCUUAGCGUUGUUAAGUUUCUACUGGAUCACCAUGCCAACGGCAAACCCAACCGUGAUACAAAGCAGACGCCUCUGUAUGCUGCUUGCCUCAAUGGCCACCUUGAUGUCGCUAAAUUGCUGCUGCAGCAUUUUCCAGCCAUGGCCAGCGAUCAGACCAAUGAGAUGGAGAUCCCACUGCACGCUGCUGCCAAGCAAGGCAACGCAGGCAUCAUUAAACUGCUCCUGGAGUUUGAUUACAAGUCGGCGUUGGAUGAGAAAGGAUUCUGCCAGCUGGAUCAGUCAGCAGCGACAAGCACCUUUAAGUCCUACAAAGGUGAUUUACCAUUCUAUCUCAACCUGCGAAAUAUCAACGGCCAAACUGCCCUCUAUCUGGCAUGCACUGCCGGUCAUGUUGAAGUGGCCAGAGCCCUGUUGGAAUACCAGCCCGCUGGCUGUGUCGUACCAAACUUUGGCCAUGGAAAGAAGCAGGCUUACAUCGACGUCGACUGCUAUACUGUGAUUGGUCGGACUCCGCUUCACAGCGCUGUCUUAGCCGGCAACAUUGAGAUUGUCUCGUUGCUGCUGAAGCAUGGGGCGGACGUAAAUCUGCCCGUAAAAUCAAUCAAGUGCCUCUUUGGGUCGCGGGGCAGCAACGCAAGCCUCAUAGAAGGCCGGGUGACUGAGAAGAUGCACAUCCCCAAAGAAGACAAUUCCAUCCUGUGCGAGGCAUGCAGCAUAUGUGAAUAUAACUUGGACAUCAUCGCGAUGCUUCUCAAGCACGGUGCACGGGAUCCAAGCGGCAAGGCCCUGCUCUGUGCAACCCUCAGCGUUCGGAAUGAUGUGGUGACCACGAUCCUAGCACACACUGGGGUGCAUCCGGACCCUGAUUAUAUCAUUGGGGAGGAGUACCAGAAUAAAUUCAAGUUGUUUGUGACAGAGUUGACCCAUGUCUCGGAUGGAGAUGGUCAAUUCAAGCCCAAAACUGUUCGGGAGGUAGCGCUGAUUGCACGAUCCCGGGUCUUUGUGCAGGAAACAAAGAAGGACCACACUCGGAAAGGUAGCACCUACGAUCGCCGCAGAACUAUUGGCGGUCUCAGGAGGUUAGGAAGUACACACGGAAUGUUUGACACACCCAUCGCAAUUGAUUGGCAUGAUCAGAAUCUGAAUGACAUUGAUCCAGAGUGGUUGGUGGAGGCGGGUCUUCGAUUCAACAGCAUGCUGAGAACAUAUCCACUGGAUUCUGGCAUUCAUGUUGCUGUUGCUACUGUAACAAGGAUCGACAUAUCUGACAACUGUUUGAGCCACUUGCCUCUGUUCCUUUUCAAACUGCCAUCCUUGCAGCAGCUCAAUGCAUCCAAGAACAAGUUGUCCUAUCUUCCAGGGAUGGCAAGAAGUACUAGUCCAACAACCAGGACUUUCCAAACGAUAGAGGUGGACAUGACCUGGGACGCACCAAUGCUCCAAAGGAUUAAUCUCUCCCACAACCGUUUGGUCACACUGCCCCUACAGAUCUUCAUGCUGCCAGUCUUGGACUAUCUGAACAUGGAGAACAACCACCUGAGGGAGUUGCCAUUUGGGAUGUGGAUGGCUCCGAAGCUGAAGAUGCUCAACUUGUCUAGGAAUGUUCUAAAAGACCUGCCUUGUGUACUUUACAGCUCAUCUCAUCAUUACACUCCGACGACCUUUCGAGAGUUUGAGCGCAGGAGCCCCUCACUUUUGGACGAGGACCUGACAGUAGCUCAGAAACGGGACACCUUCCCUUUGCUGUCAAGGGAGUCAGAGAAGCCAGCAUCGGGAAAGAUUGCCCGUUGGUCUGAGGCAGCCCUUAAAUUUGGCAAGGCAGCCUUGAGGAUGAAGGACCUCUCCCGAGAUUCCAGCAACAUGGUUGUCAGCAUGUCUGGACUUGAGGCGAGUCUUGCACGCCUGGAUGUCUGCGGUAACUCACCUAGUGAGUCAACUGAAUCCUCAGACUCGGAGGUCUUUGAUGAUGGAGAGCAUUCGGAAAAAGGCUACUCUUUUGUUACUGUGCGUCGCUUUAGACUAUGCAGCACUGGAAGCAUUCAUGGAGAUAGUGCUGAAGAGGAAAAUGCCAACAUUGAUGAGAUGAACACCCUGGAAACACUAGACUUGUCUUACAACAAACUAACUCACGUCCCUCUUGGGUUGCCGUGUCUGGCUCCUAGACUCACAAAGCUUGUACUUUCCCACAACAAGAUCACAGACUUUGGUCCCAUGAAUAAGUAUCCCGUGGGUUUAAUGGAUCUGGAGCUGUCAUUCAACCGAAUCAAAGACAUGAGCAAUCCAGCUGGCCACCUACCUGUCCGGAACAAAUCUAAUGUCUUUAGACUCCUGCGCUCCAGUUCUGCUUAUGACCCCUCCAUAGGCAUGCCAGACAUGUGCUACAGCACCAAGUCUCAGCAAUUGUUAGCUGAGCAGGGUCUUCCGCAGGCUUCAAGUCGCCUGAGCCGAGAUUCCUCUCUCGUCUGCGGCUCACCAAAUUCUCCGAGUCUGCUUAGCCCCGUGGUGCAGUUCUGCAAACACCGGCGUCACCGCUUGUUGGCCACCUUGAGAACUUUAGAUCUGUCAAGUAACCAGAUCGCUCAGAUGGAUGUGAUUGCCAGAACAGUUUUGGGAAUGAGUAUGUCUGUUGAAGAAGAGACCCCAGGAACACCAGGAGAUUCCAGCGAAGAGGAUUCAAAGCCUCAGCCUUUACAGAGCAGAGGCAGUGACUUGGAAGUCACUCUUCUAUUCCCCAGUCUCAACGCUCUGUCCGUCGCCAAUAACAUGAUCGGAGAGGUCCCAACAGACAUACAGUAUCUCACUAAACUCUCCAGUCUCAAGCUCAAUGGCAAUGAGAGAAUCUCCACCCUGCCACCAGAGCUAGGACGCCUCAACAUGUAUGACUUGAAGGUUGACGGCUGCCGACUGACGGAACCCCUAGCCAGCAUGUUCAAGACAGAGCUGGUCAAGGAUGUACUGGGAUACCUACGCUCCAUUCUGGAUGAUGCCAAGCCAUACACAAGAAUGAAGCUGAUGUUCGUGGGCAAGGCUUGUAUUGGCAAGACAACACUCCUGAAUGAGCUGAGGAAGGAUGGUGCUGGCUCAACAUCAACACCUGAGACGUUUGCCGAGCGGCAGGGCAACACCAGCAUCGGCGGGAAGACGCUGAGAGGCAAGUACCUGUCGACUGUCGGAGUUGACGUCUGCGAAUGGACGUACAACAAGAAGAAGAGCAAAUAUGGAAAAGUCACAUUCAGCACCUGGGACUUUGGUGGUCAGGAGGAAUUCUACGCCACUCAUCAGUAUUUUCUGACCAAGCGCUCCCUCUACUUGGUACUCUUCAAGAUCACCGAUGGAAUGAGGAGCAUUAAUCAGAUACAACAAUGGCUGGUCAACAUCCAGGCUCGUGCACCAAAUUCGCCAGUCCUGCUGAUAGGCACCCACUACGACUUGGUCAUCCGGCCCAAGUCAAAAUAUUCCCGGGAUUACUGGCCGGACCUGAAACGGAAGAUCAUGGAGCGAUUCAUCCAGAUAGCUCAGCCCCAGGACGUGGGUCUUCCUAACGUCAUCGAUUGCAUCGAGAUAUGCUGCCUGCCCAUGUCCAAGAGCUACAACGUGGGAUACCUGAGGGAUAGGAUUUAUGAUGUCGCAUAUUCCCUUACAGAGGGUCGGGACAAAGAUCCGAUGCUGAUGCAGCGUGUGCCGACGUCUUACCUUGCUCUGGAGAAGGCUGUCAUGCAGAUCACAGCUGAGAUGAGAAGGGCUGGCACUGAACCGGUCUUACAUACCUUGGAGUACAGGACGGAGGUGACUCGAGUGAUGCUGGAAGAGUUUCAGGUGUCUUUCCAUGACAAAGAAGACCUGAUGCACGCCACGCGAUUCCUGCACAACAAUGGCAUUCUCUUGCACUACGAGGAUUCCAUGCUGAGUGAUUACUUCUUUCUGGACCCACAGUGGCUGUGCGACACCUUGGCCAAGAUUGUCACCAUCCCAGAGAUCAACCCGGACGUCAAGAAAGGUGUGAUGCUAAUCAAAGACCUUCAUCGUAAAUUCGAAGACUCCAGUGUCAAGAACUUCAUUUUGAAUCUGCUCAACAAGUGUGAGGUUGCAGUUACCUACGACAACGAGCACAUCCUUGUCCCCUCUCGACUGCCUGUGGAAGGGUUGGACAUGACCAUGAUCCCGCUGAUCAGGGAGAAAAUGGCCAGCUCAAAGGAAAGUGCUCGUGCAUACUCUCCUACAUCAUCUGGCUCUCCAUCUCCAAACCGCUGCUGGAACAGACGAGCGGUCCGUGGCGCCUCCCCAACCAGCACUUACCACUACCGCAAUUACAGCCCCUCCCCCACCUCCAUGCGUCGCAACCCCUUGGGGCUUAACAUCCCUGGAAGUUCUCUCAGCAAGGCCGAGAGUUCCUCCAUGCCCACCCUCAGCCAGCAGAUGCCCAACCAACACCGGGCUAACAACUGUUGCUCCUCGCCUCCGAGUUCCCUGACCUUCGCUGGAGCCCCAACAGACCAGGAAUCCAUGCCGACAGAGCCUGGCAGCAUAUCAUCCACACUGAACUCACUCAGCCACAGCUCUGGUGAUAUACCCUUAAACGGAAUCCAGAAUGUUGUGUCGGUCCAAGUGACUGAGGAGUUGACAUCAGAGCUAGACAACAUGGAAGUCAUACCAAUUCUGAAUCAUAAGGCAGCUAUUCGACGGCUGUACAUCCUCCAGUAUAUCCCAAGUGGUUUCUGGUCCCAUAUGAUCAGCCGGUUCCUGUCUGAUCAGACAUUCUGUAAGAUGGUACCAAUGCUUUACCCGCUUCCUGAGCGCCUCAAAGUUAUGAUGAGCCAGGCAGCUCUAGAUGCUUUGGAAACGAAAUACCAGUGGACUGUCUGGCAGACAGGUGUGGAGCUGCGCUUCUUUGGUGCCACCAUCUUCCACGUGAAGGAAAUCGUCAAGGAGACCAUCCUUACAAGCGUAUUUGAGCAAGACCGUCGACCGGAUUUCAUCAAGGUGGUGAAUCCUGAUGGUCAAGAGCCGGGUGGAGAUCGAGCAGUGUCCCUGACUCGCAGCGGGCAGCUAGAAAUCCUGAUCCCUAACCAGACCUUGAAGAUCAUUCAAACGGCCGACAAUGCCCCCAUAAUCAUUGAAGACUCGGUGGAGUCGGGCAUUGAGGCCUUAGAAGGCGAGCACAUUGAGAUUGCCAGCUCGCUCCAGGUGGCCUCUCGCCUCUUGUCUAGCAUCAUGGACUUGAUUGACACCUUGAUGGAAAACUUCUACCCCUCCAUCUGUGAGCCUCUUGGCAUUACCUUUCAGGGAGAGUUGUUCAUCACCAGACUGGUUCCCUGCAACCGCUGCUGGAGGGACUACAACAAAAUCAGUGUGGAUGAGCUGGACGAACAAGAGUGGGAGUUUGUCGAAAACUUUGACUGGGAUCAACGGCAGAGCCUCUUACCAGAAACACCUGUGCCACGGAAGCGGAGCCAACGAGGAUCCAACUUGUGCUGCGGUCUGUCCUGUACUGAUCAUAAUGGCGCUUACAGUGACUUCUCAGAGUACACAGAUCGCAACAACUCAUUGAGACCACGUGCUCGCCCAGUUGGGAGAAAGACCCGAGCAGUCAUCAGCCAUUCAAAAUCCUCGGAUCUGAGUGAGUCCUACAGCCAACUGGAUAUUCCGUUGGUAACUGACUUUCCUGAAGACCUGAUGUUCUCGGAGCAAGUCUCUGAUGUCAAACUGGACCUGAAGUUCACCAAUUCGGUUGAGAUGAUUCCAGAGAUGAUGGGAGAUGCCCAAGUCUAUGGGUUCCUGUUUGAGAUGCUGGUGAUGCAGGCUAUGAAAACGGAGGUAGUCACGUGCCCGAACCAUGGUCGGGUCAAGCUGAGCACCAUUGCCCCAGAUGUGGUGUUCCAUGACUUAGGCCCAGCCUUGCUGGUGAACCGUGCAGCCCUGGAGGUACGCCGCCUCUUAGGCAGUGGCACAUUCGGCCUGGUCUUCCAAGGCCAAACCUCCCGUGGCAGCCUUGAUACCAAGGUGCAGGUGGCCAUCAAGAUGCUUCAGCCCUUCCCGCCAGGCCAGGGGGUAGGCCAGACCGUCCGCCGGCGCUACGAAGUGGAGAACGCCAAGUGGCAGCGAGACCCACUGCGCUUCUCCUGCGAGGCUCUCCGCACAGCCCGCAAAGAGCUGUCCAUCAUGCUGAACCUGGACCACCCACAGAUCGUGCCUCUGAUUGGCUUCUGCCGUCAGCCCAUGAGCCUGAUCUUGGAGUUGGCCCCGGAGGGCGCGCUGGACUCCAAGCUGGAGGACUACAAGCGGGUCGGGGCAAGGUUGACACCCUGUACUCUGCAAAAGAUUGUUGUGCAGGUCUCCUCAGCAGUAGCCUAUCUCCACUUCAACGGUAUCAUCUACCGAGACCUAAAGGCCGAGAACGUCUUAGUCUGGCGCCUGCCUGCCCCUCACAGUGCUGACUCGGAUGUAAAGGUUAAGCUAGCAGACUAUGGCAUCAGUGUGACAGCUAUGCCGUCUGGCACCAAAGGGUAUGGAGGAACACCUGGAUACAUGGCUCCAGAGAUUGUGCAGUACGAUGGCAAGGAGAAAUAUACAGAGAAGGUGGAUUGCUUCUCCUUUGCCAUGUUCAUGUACGAGUUGAUGUCAGCCCAGCGGCCCUUUGAGAACCUGGUGGGCAAAGACUUUGGCCGUCUGUCCGAGAUCAUCAAACAACUGAUCAAAGAUGGACAGCGUCCUAUACUCACCAAAAAGGAGAAGCUGUAUCCGACGUACAUGGUAGACCUGAUGGCGUGGUGCUGGGCCCAAAACUCCCGCGACCGUCCGAGCAUGGAGCAGAUCAACGCCAUAGCACAGAUGCCCGAGUUUCCCAAUCUGAAGGAGAUCAUGUCGCCACAGGACAAUGAGAAGGUGACGUGUGCCUGCGCGCCGUCGGUACUGAUGAAUGGCAUGACAGAUUCAGACAGUGGUGAUCUAGGUACCAUCCAUCCCUGCGUGUGGCUGGCCCAGAGCAUCGACAAGAACGGGCUGGGCAACCCGGACGAGGCCUCGGUCCUGGUCCUGAAUGUGGACCGCAGUCCGGGAGACAGCAGCAACUGUGUUAAAUUCAACGUCAGUGGCGGCUGUGUGGAGUGUAUGUGUGCUGUGGCAGACACGAUGUGGCUUGGUCUGACGUCCGGAGCGAUUGCUGUGUACGGAGCUAUUCACAACGCCUACCAGGAACUCUGCCCAGUGUUCACCCUCCCUCUGUGCCUGGGCAAAGUGCAGGUGCCAAAGUCCAUGGUGCACAUCAGUUUCCAGAGGGAGGUGGUGGUAGCAAUCGACCACCGCAUCAUCGUGGUCUCGGAGGACCGGGGACUGCCCAGCCAGUCGGUGAUGCUGAAGUACGUGGAGUUUAGCCGGGAGGUUUUCACGCUGGCUGUGGUGCCGGCAUUCAAUGCCAAUGGAGACAAAUCUUUUGAGAUUUGGUGCGGCCAGGCUGAAGGUAAUAUCGACAUUGUCAACGCCAGCAACCUGUCCAUUACCAAGAGGGAUCUGAACCACCAAGAGGCACUGGACUGCGUGGGCAAAGUGUCGCGCCUGGUGACCUAUGACCUGGACAUCAUGGAGGAGAUGAAGUUGCAUCACAUCUGGUCGUGCGUGCAGCCAGGUCCCUUCAUUUACAAGUGGAAUGUGAAGUCCAAGAAGAUUGAGGGGAUUCUGGAUGUCAUCACAGCCCUGGCUACAUGCCGGUCAAAUCCCAAGCCACGCGGCCGGACAAACCUCAGACCGAUGAGUGCCAUUAGGAAUCAGGUCUCCUCCUUAGCCCUCUUCCGCCAGUACCUCUACAUUGGCGUCUCAUCCGGCAACCUUCUCGUAGCCGACCCCCACUCCCUGAAACCCCUCUGCGUCAUCAACUGCCAUGAGGGACCCGUCCGCAACAUCAUCCCCGUGGCAACAGAGCUCUGGGCUCCCUCGGGGAUGCGGGAAGAUGAAGCCGCGGUAGAGGAAGUGGGAGGCCAGGACGGUGCGGUGGUGGUGACUGUCGGCCGGGGUUUCAACGACCUCAUCGGUGGUUACCCCAACUCGCCCUCCAGGGUCAAAGGUCAGGAGCGGUUGGAGUGGUACUUCCUGCUGUGGGAGACGGGCAACUGGGAGCAGGGAUGCCUGCCGGGGACCAGGGGGAUCGGCCCGAUAGGUGCGGUGGAGAAAACCCCACGAGUGUAGAGUGAAUGUGAAAGAGCGCCCUCUGUUGUCAGAGAUGAUGCAGCAUCAUGAUAAUUUGCCCACCUGUAAAAUAACAUCAAGUGACUGUCAAGUCGUUUUUUUUUAUUUUGGUAUGGCUGAAUGAAAUGUCAUUAAAAUAUUAUUUUGAAUUAUUUUAUUAUAUUUUGAAUGUAUAAUAGAAUAUAUUUUUCAUAACUUGAAAUGCUGUUUUUGUGUAAUUGUUAAAAAAACAUGUAGUCAAUUGCAUUUUUAAAAUCCAGUCUUGGUUUUUCUUGAACAAUUUUUAUGCUGGGAAUAUAAUAUCUUGCCUAUUAUAUGUUCAGUUUUGCAAUAAAUUCCUGAUGCCUGUUAAUAACCUGUACUGUCAUUGGCACAAUUAAUGUCAAUGCAUCAGUAUGGAGGAUAAAGAUAUACAUUUUUGCAUAAAUAUAAUAUAAAUCAAGUCUGUCCCGAGCCAAUGUGGCUCAUCAGGCCGGCGUUUAUCUCCGGUUUCAGUAGCAUGAAACGACUGAGAA